AUGGGCAAACACCGCUCAGUAAAAAUCGCAAAGCCAGAAUCUAAAGGAGUGGGCACGUCUAGGCGUGGCCAGACCUCUGCAAGAGAUACCCAAGGACGGUUCGUUAGGCAGAUCGAGCACGGCAUACAGCCCACUCUCCCUGAACCACAACGUAACGCAGCCCCUACAUCAAGCAGAGCACCAGCGAACCCCGAUACAUCUCGUCCCCCAACACGAUCUAAAUCCGAAGCCAAGCCAAAUGCCCAGAACAGACCAAGACCAGGACGUCGCAGGAGGGCAGGAACAGAGAUGCAUCCUGACGGCACCGCAACGCUGGAACGAGUAGGACAACCCCAUACCGAGCGUACGCAACCCGGUGGCGUGGGUAGAGGAUUCGAUGGCGAUCUCCCUUUCCUUCGCCACAAUCUGCACUUCCAGCAAGCUCGGCGCAUCAUCGAGCAGGCGCCCGAGAUGCUCGGAGAGGCCCUGCGGCAGAUGAAGGCUAUGGAUUCGUGGGAGCUCGGACUGAUUCAGAGGAAUCGAGCGCGGUUCUUGCGACUGCUUUUUGCGGGUGGCAGUACUAGCGGGUUGAAAUCGGCGGCGCAGCGCGAGCAGCUCAGGUAG